AUGGAGUCAGAACAAAUAUUCAAAUGGUGUGAAGACAAAGGUAUUGAUGUGAGGAAAUCAGUUGUGCUUAGUGAGGUUUCUCUUGAAGUUACUGAUGAGGCCAUUUAUAAGGUACUUGAUGAAGCUAAAAUAUUUGGUCACUCUAAAGUAAGACGCCGAUGUCUUGGACACACUGAUAACAACCAGUUAGUCUUAGUUGAAACCAUAAAUGACCUGACUAAGGCUGACAUACCUGAACAGUUGGUAGUUGGAGAUCAGUUAGGACUUUGGGUGGUAAAUGUCCCUGAGAUUCAAAGUUCCCAUGUACAUGGUGAUAAAGGAGGUUUUCAGUCCAAGCUAGUGUUAUUCCUAGCCAGUGAGGGGAAGACUUUAGCUGAUGUCACAGGCUUGCUUAGCCCUAUUCCUGCUCCACCCACUGCUCCAGACUUGAACACAGAGCUUGUGAAUGCCAUCUCCUCACUCGUUGAAAGAUGUCAAGCCCCACCUGUGGACGGACAAGGCUAUCGCAAACUUCGCUUGUUCUCAGGCAUGAAACCAACAGCACAUGGGGAAGAAGAGUAUGACGCCUGGGUGGAACAGACCACCCACAUGUUGGAUGAGUGGCAGUGUUCUGAUGUCGUCAAGAAGCAGAGAAUAGCUGAGAGUCUUGAAGGGCCAGCAGCAGAUACUGUCUGGUGUUUGAGAGCCACUACCCCCUAUGCCACUGCCAGUGAGGAUCUUAAGGCCCUAGAAACAGCUUUUGGGACCAUGGACAGUGCAGCUGAUCUCAUGGUGAGGUUCUGUAACACAUUCCAGCAAGAAGCUGAGAAGCUGUCAGCAUACUUACUUAGACUAGACAAGCUGUUGCAUGCCAUCCAUCGGAAGGGUGGAAUUGAUGUGGCUGACAUGAACCAGGCAUGCAUUGAACAAAUUGCAAGAGGUGCUCUCUCAUGA